AUGUUGCUUCUGAGUGAUUCAAUCCUAGGGAGUAUGGGUAUCACAGCUCGCUCAUUGAACCAUAUGUCGUAUCAGCUGACUGGUCGCUCUACCGCCAGCGUUGCGUUACUCACUGGAGCUCUCACCGCAAUAGCCCUGGGAGCUCUAGCCAUGCGGCGUCGGUCUCGGGCAAUACACACAUCGUUGGUCAGAAAGCUUACAGUGGACGGACCAGCUCUCAUCUCACGUGUGUUGGAUUGCUUUAGCCUAGCACUGUUUGAUGAGCUCUGGGGACCAUCUGUUGAGUGCUGGCUCGCUAUGAAAGAAAUUGAAGUGCGUAAUAUCCCUAAGGGGAGUACUAAAGACAAUGAGCCUACUCUAUCAGUUGCCGCGAGAUUCCCUUCUAUUUGCCAGAGACUGCAUGCAAGGCAGAGCGAAGUAUUAGCGGACUUUCAUGUUACCGAGAGAUCGCUGCAACAGGCUGAGCAAUGGUGGAAUCAGAAAGCUUUGGCUGCUGAUGACACGGAUUCUCCAGCUGUUCUUGGGAAGUUUAAAGCGAUCACACACAUGCUCGAAGUUGAACCUGAUAGAUUGGUCGAAGCCCCUGAAAGCUUGUUGGACCAGGCUCGAGCCGAAUAUCCAACAGAUGCUUCGAUGAGGGAUGCUAUCCGAAAGUACCGAGAAGAUCUCCCAAGCUUGAAGGGUUUUGACAUCGACAGUCCUCCUACACUCGAAGACUUUAGAAUUCUGUUCGAGAGGAAGCAGCAACCCUUGCCCAUAACGUUACGCGCGAGGAUAUCAGAGUUAGUGAAUAUGGGGAAUAAGACCGUUGAGGAGGAGCUCAAAGAGCUCUUCACUCCCCGUAGCGCCUCUUCCAGUUCUCUUAAGCGGCCGUUACAAUAAUCACUCACGUAACGUGGGAAGAGUAUUCAUGUAGCUAGAGUAACUCCAGUUUCCGUUUUAUAGUAUCAGUUUCAGCAU